UCCAAAUUCAAAAGGAUUUGUGUCUUCUGUGGGAGUAGCAACGGAAAGAAGAGCAGCUAUCAAGAUGCUGCUAUUGAGCUUGGGAGGGAGCUGGCUUUUGAAGCUUAUACAGGAUUUCAAAUUUGGUUCUUGCUAGAGACUAGGCUCUGCUUUAGCUCAGUUUUAGUUUUUCCUUUUCUGGAGUUCUGAUAGGUAUUGCUGGAAGGAGAUCAUUAGAAGUUGAUUUAGUUCGUUCCUCCUCCUCCCGCCACUCUUUUGUUGUUCUGUCAGUUUAAUUUGGUCACAGGCUUUUGCUUCAAGAUUGUUUCGUUGAACAGAGUUUUGUUUCUCAUUCUGUUUUCUUUUGGAUUUAGUGGAGCUUUAGAAGAUUGGUUUACAUGUGUUGAUUUAUGGUAUGCUGGUGUCGCUAUGCGUUUCUCUGUUCUGUGUUUUCUCAACGACUUGAAGCUAAGCAAUCUUCCAUUUUCCUUUGUACAUAUUUCUUGCCUCUGCGAGAACAGAGCACAAACACGUACAGACACAACAUAAACAUACAAGUGCACAAACACGUACGCUGCUCGCAGUCGCACGUACAAAUACACAAGAUGGACAUGUAAGGUUUGCAUCUGGAAUAUCGAAACCACGAAGCAGACUCAAAAUACAACUGGAAACUAUUAUAUAUUUCAAAACCCGCUUGCAUCAAGUGACCCAAUUGCAUCUCCUCUCUUAUCUGUUGUGUUCAUCGGACUCGUAAUCAUAUGUUGUGUUCAUCGCCCAAAUUGCAUCUCCUCUCUUAUCUGAGAUUGAUGCACUGACGUGUGUCAAGGAACAUUGAUCUGGUUUAUGGAGGAGGAAGUGUGGGCUUGAUGGGUUUGGUUUCACAAGCUGUUUAUAAUGGUGGUCGGCAUGUCAUUGGAGUUAUUCCCAAGACACUCAUGCCUCGAGAGAUAUGUGGUGAAACAGUAGGGGAAGUGAAGGCAGUUGCAGAUAUGCACCAAAGGAAGGCAGAGAUGGCUAGACAGUCAGAUGCCUUUAUUGCACUACCCGGUGGUUAUGGGACUCUUGAAGAGCUACUAGAAGUGAUAACGUGGGCUCAACUAGGCAUACAUGAUAAACCAGUGGGCUUAUUGAAUGUUGAUGGUUACUACAACUCCUUGCUGUCAUUUGUUGACAAAGCUGUAGAGGAAGGUUUUAUUAGUCCAAGUGCACGCCAUAUUAUUGUCUCAGCCCCUACAGCAAAGGAACUAGUGAAGAAAUUGGAGGAGUAUUUCCCCCGCCAUGAAAAAGUUGCAUCUCAGUUGAGCUGGGAGAUGGAACAGCUUGGCUACUCUUCAGACUGUGAUAUUUCUCGGUAAGAAGCAUAGGUGUUUGUAGAGAGAAAGGGUGGAGAUGAGAGGCACUUUGACAGUGGAUGGGGCUAAUUUGGAAGACCAGAAUGUUCUAGAAUGCUAGAAUUCUUUGUGUAGAAAACAGAUGGCCUCGAAUGUGAAACUUCAUUGUUCCCUUACUGUUGUUACCUUCUUGCUGGAAACCUAGUUUAUGUAUGUUCCAACUCCAAAAUAUUUUUGGUAUAUAAUAUAAGGAACUGCAAUUGCCCCUUAAAAUGAUGACAUUUACAUGGUAGUUACUCUCUGUGCCG